AUGGCUCUCCAUUCGAGCACUUCGGUAUUGAGCCUUCUGAUCUUGUUGACAACGGCAAGCUCUAUCAAGUUCCGUCACAAGGGUAAAACGUACGACUUCUCCAAGGUACCAAAGACAAUCCGGCUCGACGUUUUCUACGAGUCACUCUGCCCGUACAGCAUCGGUUUCAUCACGACCCAGCUGUGGCCAACGUACCUGCUGGUUGGGUACCACAUGGACGUUAACCUUGUUCCUUUUGGCAAUGCCUUUGAAGAAGAGCGCCCGAAUACAGACGAGCAUCGUCGCGAUGCCAAUUGGCCCAAGGCUACACCCAGCUACAGCUGCCAGCAUGGACCGGACGAGUGCUUCGGCAACGUGGUUCAGGCCUGUGCCGCGCAGAUCUUCAACGACACCCUUGUGACCCUUGCCUUCGUUACUUGCAUGUCGACCGCCAAUGAACCUGCCAAGGUUGGCAAGUUGUGCGCCAACGGCGUGGCUCACAACUGGGAGAAGAUAGAGAGGUGUGCUACGGGACUCAAGGGCAUAGAGCUCCAGGAAAGGAUGAGCAAGGCGACGUGGAGCCUGGACCCACCGCACAGCUACGUGCCGUGGGUAUUGGUCAACGGCGCUCACACGGACGAGCAGCAGGCCAUGGCGCAAUCGAAUCUUCUGCAGCUCGUCUGCGAUUCUCUGCCCGCGGACAAGAAACCGCCGGCCUGUUUCGAUGACGAACCGUUUAAGGCGAUACAGAGUUUAACGAAUACCAUCGAAAACAGAGAUCAAAACGCCAUCAAUGAAUACAAAGAAAGAAAUGAGCAUAAGGAGCAUGGCAACCCCUGA